AUGGCGGCCGAGCUAUCAUUCCUCUACAGCUUUCCGCCCGACAAGAGCGCCCAGGAGCUCUCACCGGUCGAGUACGAUUCUCAGAUGCGCACAUUCCUUCAGCGCCUGAAUUCCAUACCCGCGGGCAUCUGGGCAAAGGGCGAGAUAGACAAGCAAGACAUUCUGGAGAUUCUCAACCCAGCGAUAAACACGAUACCCUACCUCUACCUUCUAGUCCACCAGAUCUCCAGCCAUAUCGAUCGCGCAAAGACGCCACAACAGCUCCCAGAGACCUUCGAUCCUGUGCAGAUACGCUAUGUGGGCGCGGACUGGCGGAAGCUGGUAGAGUUGGUCGACAAGAUUGUUCACAUCACGAGCAUGCCUGCUCUGGGAAUCGUACCUAUCCGGACCGCCCUAUCUCGCAUGGACCCGUCGCUGGGUACCUUCACCUCGUUGCAUUUGCUUUACCUCCGUCUUUGUCACGAGGCUAGAGCUUACUACGAAGCUCUGCCGGUCCUUGAAAAGUACAUAUACAGCUUCCCCACUACCCCAGUUCAGGGCGGAGAGUACACAUUCCCAUGUGCGGACCACUUUGACAGCAGCAGCUACAUCACAACGCGUUCCGGUCUAUCUGACAAGGUCACGGCCAGCGAUGUCCAAGAGUACUUUAUGCUUGGUGCCAAUGCCUACUUGGCUUUGCGCCAGUACAAGCAAGCGCAGCUGCUCCUAGAGUGUAUUGUCACAACGCCAAGCCAAAAUUUGGCCAGUGGUCUCAUGGCCGAAGCUUACAAGAAAUUGGUACUGGUAGGGUGUCUUGUUGAUGGAGCAGUUACUCAGUCCCUCAAGGCGGCAAAUUCGCAAGCACUCAAGGCUGUAAGGGCCACAUCCAGAGCGUAUGAAGCUGUUAGUGAGAUUUUCAACUCUGCCGAUGCAGCUAGACUCCAUGCGGAGAUAGAUGCUGGCGCUCAGAUCUGGGAAGAAGAUGGUAACACUGGGCUCGUGAGAGAAGUCCUCCAGCAUCAUUCGAGAAUCUUUGUUAGGAACCUGUCGAGGACUUUUGCCGCUGCACCCAUCUCGACCAUCGCCAAGUGGCUAGGCCAGAAGCCCGCAGCUGCGGAGACGUACAUCAAGGCCUUGAUUGACGAUGGGUUUUUGAAUGCUACUAUCGAACAUGACCAGGGCACUUCAGUCUUGCGAUUCCACUCGGAGCUGAGUGGACCCCGUGCUAAGACGGAGGAGCAGCAGCUGGCUGAUCUGAUAGCCCAGACCAAGCGGACGAACGACCUGGCGGAGCACGUCAAAGCGGUGCAGACGCGUCUGACUCUGCAGAAGGAGUACAUUGACUUUGCGAAGAAGAAGUUGCGCCAGAAGGAGAGUGCGGAUCAGACGAUUGGGGAGACGAUGGACACGACGUGGGAGACGUUUGAGCAGGACGAGGACGUGAUGGGGGAUCUGUGA